AUGAGUUUAGAAGUUAAGAAUGCACAUAGAUAAGCAUUUAAAGAAAUCUUUUCAAUGAAGGCUGUGGAAGGAAAAUUAGAUAAAAAGGGUUUGGCUGAUCUUUUCAUUAUGAUUGAUUAUAAAGUAAUAUCAUUAUUAUUAUUAUUUAGAUUCCAUAAGACUAAUUUGAUGAAAUGGUUUAAAGAAUAUUUGGAAAAAAAGAAUAGAUUGGAUUUGAAGAAUUUUUAAAAAUAUUUAAUUUAAAAUUGACAGAUUACACUUUUAAUGAUGUGAGAAAUGCAUUUAAAUUAUUAGCAAAAGAUGAUGAUAGGUAAUAAUAAAAUAUUAUUUAGGUAUAUCCCAUUAGAGAAGAUUAAAAAAGUAUUACUCAAAAAUAAUGUUCCUGCUGAAGAAGUUGAAUUUUUGUGUCAUUAAUUGGAUCCCUUUACUGAUACAAUGAAGAGAGUAAAUUAUGCAGAAUUCUUAAAGAGUUUGAGCAAUGUUUGAUCAAUA